AUGGACGUGGCCGUGACGCACCUCGACGCGGGCUCGCCCACGGGGUCGCUCGUCUGGACCGCGCUCAUGUACGCUGCCGCUAUUGGCGACAUUGGUCUCGUCGAAGCACAGCUCACAAGCGCCACAAGCAACAACAACAACAACAGUAUUGUCUACGACACUGGCAGUACCAAGCAACGCUACUCGGCGCUGCACGUGGCUGUCAAAUUUGAUCAAAUCGAGGUCGCCCAGCGACUGCUCGCCCACGGCGCCACCAUCGACGCUGUCGACGAGCACGGUCGUACGUGUUUGCAUCUGGCUGCGACGCUAGGCAACAUGCGCAUGGUGCAAUUGCUUGUACAAGCAAACGCCAAGCAGCUUCCUUCAGCAGCUGGAACACUUCCGCACGAGUGUGCGAUCGCCCAAGGCCACCUUGCCAUCGCGGCUCUCUUGGUACCAGCGAGCGUCAAAGAGUCCACACGGCCUGGCGUCGAGCCAAACGACAACCAAGUCCAUGCGUGGCUGCGCGCAGUCGGGCUCGAGAUGUACAUUUCUCUAUUUGACACGGCGGGGUACGACGACCUUGGCUUCAUCAAAGACCACGGACUCUCGAUGGAAGACCUUACGGCGAUCGGUGUUUCCAAGCGGGGCCAUCUCGCCAAGCUCAGCGGUCUAUACCAGCUCGACGACAUUCUACCUGCUUCGGCUUCCGAGGACGAAAGUGAAACGAGCUCCAACGACGAUGGGUCCGACGACUCGGACUCGGACGACGAGGCGAGUGGGUCCGACUCGGACGAAUAG